AGCAGCAAGAAAACCAUUUCUUCUUUUCCAUAUUUCUGUAAUCCAACAGCCUCAUCCAUCCUCCUUGGAAUUUAUUUAAUCUAUAAAUUAGUUAAUGGGUGGAAGAAACAUGGCAACAAUCUCUCUUCCAAGGGUGAUCGUGAUCAAAUCGAAAGCGUACGGAAGUAAAGGCCAUGCUUACUUCAAGGCUGAUGGCGCAUCAGUAGUUUUGGGAGAAGAGGACAUAUUCAGCACGCUCGUCAAGAUUGAUGUGGAGCGUUCUAUCACUAACGCCAAUUAUGUCAACCUCAAAUUCGGCUAUUUCAACAUUUACUGGCGCCGCAAAGAAAACGACAAAUUCAUCAUUGCUGAAUCCAACCAGGUGGAAGAGGACGUCUCAAAGCCCUCCUGCACCUUGUUUGGAAAACGACAAAUCACGUUGAUGGUACUUACACCGGCGUCAGCUAUUACAGCUUCAGCUUCCAUGUCAGAGAAACCAAGUCACUCUGAGCUACUACUUGUGUCCCAAAGAUCCAUUACCUUUUAUUGUUUUCUCUUAAGUUGUGUGCUUUGUUUCGUUUCCUUUUCUUGUCGUUAAGCUAAUAAUCUCCAGAUAUCUGAUGAUCCGAUGUUGCUUCAUAUGUACAAAAUGUGUGGUUGAUUUGAAUUAUAUAUGGAUGUCUAGGUUGUGUAGUA